AUGGUGACGGCGGGCAGCGACGGCGAAUACGACAGACCAAUCUUUCGCCCGCACCACGCCGUCCUCCGCGCUUUCGCGCAGCCUUCGAAGCAACCUGGCCUCUCGCGAACGCGGCAGCAUGGAGAGAAGGAGAUGCUUGCAGAGAUUUGCACGCGUCAGCGCAUGAUGAAUGCUCCGGCUGAUGAGGCGGCAUCGGACCACUUGGGAUGGCGGCAGCAGCUCGAGUGUCAGCAGGAGAAGGUCCUCGGGAAGGCUUGUCCCUAG